UGUUGAGGUGAAAAAAAAAACAAAAUGUCAAUUUUGUAAGUGUUGUCGAUAAAUACAAUGAAUAGAUUUUACAAUAAAAUUUCGUGUCUUAGUAUGAAAACGUGACCAAUUUUUAGUUACCAAUAUCAAAUGGAUAAUUUGGAAGUUGUUAUCGACACCAAAGAGUAGUUGGAAACAUUUUAAACGAGUAUUUCUUAGCGAGCUAAAAAUGUCGAAGAAUGGCGAAGUGACAUCGAAUCAAGGCUCCAGUAGACCGUCAUUACCGAGACCAGAUUUGAAUCUUUUUGGUACAGAAAGACGCAAAGCGUUAGAUCUUCAAAUAAGUGGUGGUCCAUCAGCUGGGGGUAGUCCUGUGUUUACGCCAUUUACUGCAAAUCCAGCAGUAGUUCAACGACCUCGAGUGCCCUCACGUACCAUACGAGAUGUGUUGCCCGAAAAUACUAGAGACAGAUGCAGGAUUUAUCCGUCCAUGCAGUCAUCAGGCAAGUUGCAGCUAUCAGCAACAGAAGUCUAUGAUUUCACAGCCGACGACCUGCAGGAUCUGGGUGAGAUAGGAAGAGGAGCAUUUGGGGCUGUAAAUAAAAUGGAACACAGAAAAACCAACCGUGUAAUGGCUGUGAAACGCAUACGUUCCACAGUGGACGAAAAAGAGCAAAAGCAAUUACUCAUGGAUCUUGAAGUGGUAAUGAAAAGUAAUGAUUGCUUAUACAUUGUAGAGUUUUAUGGAGCCUUGUUUAAAGAAGGUGAUUGCUGGAUUUGCAUGGAAUUAAUGGACACUUCAUUAGACAAAUUUUAUAAGUUCAUUUGUGAGCGGAUGCAAACUCGAAUACCAGAAAACAUUUUAGCUAAAAUAACACUUGCAACAGUCAAAGCUCUAAAUUAUUUAAAGGAAAAGCUAAAAAUUAUUCAUAGAGAUGUGAAACCAUCCAACAUACUGUUAGACCGAAGGGGUAAUAUAAAGUUAUGUGAUUUUGGAAUAUCAGGAAAAUUGGUGGAUUCAAUAGCGCGUACACGCGACGCUGGUUGCAGACCAUAUAUGGCUCCGGAGCGGAUUGACCCAGGUAGAGCACGAGGUUAUGAUGUUCGUUCAGAUGUGUGGUCUCUUGGGAUCACACUAAUGGAAGUGGCAACGGGUGCCUUCCCCUAUCCACGUUGGGGCUCUGUUUUCGAACAGCUGCAACAAGUAGUCCAGGGUGAUCCUCCACGUCUUACAAACACUAAUAAUGCAUUUUCCAACAACUUCGUAAACUUUGUCAACACAUGCUUGAUCAAAGAAGAGACUCAGCGUCCUAAAUACAACAGACUGUUGGAACACCCAUUCAUCAAAGGUAUCGAACAGAGCCGAGCUGAUGUCGCUGCGUAUGUAUGUGAAGUUCUGGACGCUAUGGAGCGUAAUGGCGUAAGUCCAUUCACAACAGAUCAGCCUGCUCAAGCAUGGGUUGAUUAACUGUUAUAUCAAAAUUUAGAAAGUUUAAACACCCUUUUAAAUCAGGUACUUGAUCAUUAAAAUAGAGAAUAAUAAUGUUUGACAGUUCUUAAAUCUAUGUUGACUGGCUUGCCUCAUUUAAAAUACCUGCCAUGAUGACAGUUUAUGUUGUUAGAAAUGUAAUUUUAAUAUUAAAAUUAAGUAUUUCUGUAUGAAUGAAAUGAAGUAGUAUUUGUUAGGACAAGUAGGACAAUUCUUUGAAUUAAUACCGUGAGGUACAGUAAAAAGAAGUAUUUUAUACAUACACCCUAAAUAAUAAAUGUUAUAUGUAUACUAAGUUCCCAAAGUAGAUAAUUAUUUUCAGCAAGUAUAUUUGUCCUGAAACUAGAUUAAAAAAUAAGUUUCAAAUAAUGUUUAUGUAAGUAUAAAUAGUUCCAUUUACCAUUAAGAUAAGCUGCUUAUUUUGAUUUCUGUAUAAAACCUAUAUAAACUUUGUUUUGGGAACAGAAGUACCUAAUUAUAAUAAUGUUCAUUUGUGUAUGUAAAGUUUAAAAAAAUUACCCUCCAUUCUGCAGUCGGGUAAAUAGGAAUGAAACUUGCUUGUAGUAAAUUUUAUCCAGCUGCCAGAAUUAGUCAGAAAUGAAUUUUAGCAUGCAAAAACACAUAAUGUAGUUAAUAGUUUUAUAAAUUUGUAUAUACAAACAGAUAAUAAAUAAAUAAAUAAGAAUAUUAACAAUAUUAUUACAUUUCAUAUAGUGACCAUUUUUUUAUGGAUGCAAUACACUAUGUUUGCAAACCAUUUUAUUAAUUAUUAUUAUGACUUAUAGCAAUUAAUUUUCACUGUAUUUAUUCAAAAUUACUAUUUAUAAGAUUUGGUUCCGAAAAAUAAUAUAAGAAAUAGAAUAAUACAUUAGUAAAUCUUA